AUUAGCUGGAUUACAGGCAGCUCUUGCAGCAGCUGAAGCAGAGAAACAUCAGCUGAAAGCUACUUUACAAGCUGAGCAUAACAGUAAACAAGCUGAAGAGAAUGAAACACUAAAAGCGGCUAAAGAGGCUGACAGAUUGAACACUGCCCUCAGAAGACAGAAACAACAAGCACAGCUAGAAAAUGGUAUGUUAAAGAAGCAACUUUAUGCACAGAGGAGACAGGUUGAAGCUCUUAGGCAGUCCAUUGACCAGUCACAUGACUGUGCCAAGAAUGAGGUGGUAGCCAACCUACUCGGAAAACUGCAGGCACAGAGAGAGGAAUUAGAAGACCAACUAUACAGUCAGCAAGAACAAAUGCAAGAAGCUUUGGGUGCUUUGUUGCAUCCAAGUGAUGUGAUUGCUCGCAUCAGUCAGCUGCAGAGGCAUCUAGAGCAAGGAAGAGGUAAGACAAAACCCUUCGAUGACAAGGACAUCUUGGGGAAGUCAUUGGCUGAGCUGGAAGACCUGAUGAGAGAGAGGCUGAGGGAGAAAGAGGAGGCUUGCAAACAACAGAAAAAGGCUGAGAGGGAGGCAGACACUUUGAGGAAGCAGAUGGCUGCUUUAAAGGAGCAGCUUGAACAGGUUGAGAAUGAAUGUGCCAGACUAGAUGUAGACUCACCAGACUUUUCUUUAGAAGAAAUAAAAGUUAUAAGACAACAACACAAUGCAAGAGAGAAUAUUGGGGAGAAUAAGGCCAGGCAGGAGGAGGAUGCCAUGAUGGAAGCUUUGAGAGGCCAAGUCAGGACAUUACAAGAGAAACUGAAACGACAUCAGCCACACCAUUUUGUUCAGGUUGAGUCUUUAGCCAAGGCAAGAGCUCGACAAAUUGCCCAGGAGCUUGCAAGAGCUGAAGAUAAGAUGUUAAAACUACAUCAGGCCCUAGUUGAUAGAGAGAAAUUAUUGCAACAAGAGAUGCAACGAGGGGAUGUAGCCUCCCAGACUCUGGCUACUCAGCAGAUACAGAUGGAUGCUUUAUAUGACACACUGGAAGAGCAGAAAGCUGAGAUACUGAAACUACAUGAUGCACUGAACAGGCUUGUGAUACCAAAACCAGGUAUGGCAGCUGCUCAACCUUCUGUACGUGAUUAUGAUAUUGAACAUUUGCUCCGAGAGAUUGAAAGACUGAACUAUGCACUACAGCAGCAGGAGAAGCACAUGUCAACCCAGGGGCUCCUACAGUUUGGGGAUCAACCUAUAAAUAACCUUAGACCCACCUUUGUUGGUGACCUGCAAGCAGGGUUGCAUCCUAUUCCGUAUACAUACACUUCACCUGAGCAGCCUACAGGAAAAGCUGCGGACCAUUUGCAAUCCCAAACUUCACCCAUCCGUACAUAUCAGCAAUACCUAUCACCAGCCUCUACCCAUAACACAGUUCAAGACUUCCCAACAAACCAACCAACAGAUCAACAGCAAGAAUUCCCGCAAUCCUCUGGACAUACAAGGCCUGGUAGGAUAUUAUCCAGUGUUGCUUCAAUGAUGCAACCAGUUGGUAACACAUAUGGACAACAACAGGCUGCAGAUACCCAGACAAGUUAUGUACAUGUCCCUGUUCUGCUGGCUAAUGCCCAAACAUUUGGAACUACAGAAGUACAGCAGCAAGUGGCAUUGUACCAGGAACAAAAGGUGGGCUACAACUUUAUAUUAUAA